AGUGCUUCCUCGUCGUCGGCAACCGACUCGUUACCCUAGCAAGACUCGCAGCCGCAUCCCAACUCCGAGCCCGACGCGGCAGGCACCCCCGCGCGCGCCCGUUUAAUCCUUCCGUUCCGGGCGCCCGCCCCACCCACCUUCACAAACAAACCGGACCAGACGCGAGCGCUCUCUCGGCUCUUCCUCUUCUCGUCUCACGCGCGCGCGCCUAGCUCACAGGCACCCGCGGCGCAGCAAGCUCUUCUCCUUGUCGGCGGCGGCCGUGGAGCGGGCAUGGAGGUCGAGUACCACGAGGAGUACGUGCGGAGCUCGAGGGGCGUGCAGCUCUUCACCUGCGGCUGGCUGCCCGCCGCGGCGGCGCCCAAGGCGCUCGUCUUCCUCUGCCACGGCUACGGCAUGGAGUGCAGUGGCUUCAUGAGAGAAUGCGGCGUGCGGCUGGCGGCGGCCGGUUACGGCGUGUUCGGGAUCGACUACGAGGGCCACGGCAAGUCGAUGGGCGCCCGCUGCUACAUCCGCAGCUUCCGCCGCCUCGUCGACGACUGCCACAACUUCUUCAAGUCCAUCUGCGAGCUUGAGGAGUACCGGAGCAAGAGCCGGUUCCUGUACGGCGAGUCCAUGGGCGGCGCGGUGGCGCUGCUGCUGCACAUGAAGGACCCGGCCUUCUGGGACGGCGCCGUCCUCGUCGCGCCCAUGUGCAAGAUAUCGGAGAAGGUGAAGCCGCACCCGCUGGUGAUCACGCUCCUGACGCAGGUGGAGGACGUGAUCCCCAAGUGGAAGAUCGUGCCCACCAAGGACGUCAUCGAUGCCGCCUUCAAGGACCCCGUCAAGCGCGAAAAGAUCAGGAAGAACAAGCUCAUCUACCAGGACAAGCCGCGGCUCAAGACCGCGCUGGAGAUGCUCAGAACCAGCAUGCACAUAGAAGACAGCUUGUCACAGGUGAAGCUGCCGUUCUUCGUCCUGCACGGCGAGGCCGACACGGUGACGGACCCGGAGAUCAGCCGCGCGCUGUACGAGCGCGCUGCCAGCGCGGACAAGACCAUCAAGCUCUACCCGGAGAUGUGGCACGGCCUCACCGCCGGCGAGCCUGACGAGAACGUGGAGGCCAUCUUCUCCGACAUCGUCGCCUGGCUCAACGAGCGCAGCCGCAGCUGGACCAUGGAGGACCGCCUCACGAAGAUGACGCCAGCUCCCGGCAAGUUCGUUGAUAGCGAGAACCGCGGUGAGGCGCCGGUUCGAGCGCGACCUCAGGGACAGCGCCGAGGCUUCCUCUGCGGGCUUGCCGGCAGGACGCAUCACCACGCUGAGAUGUGAAAGAUAGAACUGCCAGCACUGAUCAGACGUGCACUUGGUUGAACAAUGGCGAAUAAGGAAGUGGUGAUGGGCAUUUUGUUAUGUAUAGGUCUCGAUAUUUUUGUCAGGGUUCUGUAUGACCAACCAUUCCCUUACUUCCAUUGCAGUAAACAUUUGCUCAAUAAUGAUCAAAGCUUUUGCCCCAUAUCAGUUU